AGAACUCAAUGCAAUUGUUGUUAAUGUGUCUCAUAAAUCACAAUAGUAUUAGGUAAAAGUCUGUUUGAAUUGGUCCAAGUAAACUCUGCAAGAAUUAUUUUUAAAACAUGUAGAAUCCCAGAAAUUCAUUAUAUGUCUCAGCUCCCAACUUCAUCUCAUUGUUGAUUCUCUCUUUCUCUGAUUCAACUUAAUAUAUAUUAUGAAGUUCAAAGCUUUUCUAAAUGAAGAUUCCAAGAUUUUUCUUUGUUCUUUUACUGCUUGAAGUAGCUUUCAUUACCCUUUUAACAUCACCAGUAGGAGCCCAGAAUGGUAGUGCUGUAAAGGUUGAUGUUGGUGUGAUUCUUGAUUGGGACACCAUAUCUGGAAAGAUGAGGAAUGCAUGCAUGUCACUAGCUCUGUCCGAUUUCUAUGCCAAUCGCAGUCACACAACCCAGAUUGUUGUUCACUUCAGAGACUCCAAAUCUGAUGAUGUUGAUGCAGCAUCUGCAGCCAUAGAACUGUUGAAAAAUGUUGAAGUGCAAGCAAUCUUAGGCCCUCAAGCGUCGACCCGAGCAGAUUUCGUAACGGAUAUAGGGAAGAAAGUGAAAGUUCCUGUCAUUUCUUCAGCCACAAGUCCUGCUAUUUCACCAUCCCAAAAUCCAUACUUUAUCAGAGUAGCAUAUUGCUCUUUCUGGCAGGCUAAGGCAAUUGCAGCCAUUGUUGAGGCGUUUGGUUGGAGGAAAGUUGUGUUUAUCUAUGAAGAUAGCAUUUUUGGCAGUGGGAUUCUUCCCCAUUUGACUGAUGCCAUGAUGGAAAUCGGUGUUUCAGUGCCAGAUCGAACUGUUCUUUCACCAUCAUCUGAUGAUGAUCAGAUCAUGGUGGAGCUGUUGAAGUUGAAAACGAAGCAGACACGAGUGUUCAUAGUGCAUUUGCAUCCAACUUUUGCUCCUAAGUUUUUCUCGAGGGUAGAGGAAGCUGGAAUGAUGAGCAGUGGAUAUGUGUGGAUAAUCACAGAUGCUUUCACUAGUACUUUGGUUUCCAAGGAUCCUUCAGUUCUUGAUUCUUUGCAGGGGGUUAUAGGUGUGAAGCCUUAUGUCCCAAGUUCAGUUGAGCUGAAGAGCUUCAUUGGGAGAUGGAAAUCAAAGGCGUUUCGUCGACAAAAUCCAGACAUGGAUGGAGUAGAGUUCAAUGUUUUCGGGCUAUGGGCAUAUGAUAGUGUCAUAGCAUUAGCAACAGCACUUGAGAAAGUGGGCACUUCUGGUCUGAAAUUCAACAGAACAAUUAGUAGGGAGAAUUCAACAGAUUUGGAUGCAAUUGGGACAUCAGAAUUCGGGCCUUUGCUACUUGAAUCAAUACGAAACAUCAAACUAAAAGGACUAAGUGGCGAUUUCCACAUAGUUGAUGGAGAACUGCAACCAUCUGCAUUUCAGAUUGUGAAUGUGAUAGGCAGAGAGAAAGGGAUUGGAUUCUGGACAGAAAAGUAUGGGAUUUCCAAGAAUCCAAACCCGAAUCAUACAACUGUGUACUCUGCUAACAAAGAUGAUCUCGGGGCGAUCAUUUGGCCAGGUGACUCUACUGUUGUUCCUAUAGGCUGGGAGAUUCCCACAGGCGAAACGAAGUUAAGGGUUGGAGUUCCUGUCAAAGGAGGGCUUGAGCAAUUAGUUAAAGUCACUAUUGAUCCCCAGACUAACACUACAGUGGCAACUGGUUUCUGUGUAGAUGUUUUUGAACAAGUGAUGAAGUCUAUGCCUUAUUAUGUACCAGUUGAAUAUGUAGAAAUCAAUCAAAGCCAAAACCAUCCGGAUUAUGAUAACUUCGUCAAUCAGGUCGUUAGUGGGAAACUUGAUGCAGUAGUUGGUGAUAUUACCAUUUUAUCAAGACGGUCCAACAAUGUGGAUUUCACAAUAUCAUUUACAGAGCCUGGGGUCAUCACAGUCGUCCCAGUCCAGCAAGACGACAAGAAGAGUGCUUGGAUUUUCUUGAAACCUAUGAGUAAACAACUCUGGAUGAUGACUGCAUCCUUCUUUGUCUUCAUUGGCACCGUGAUUUGGGUACUUGAACACCAAGUAAACGACGAGUUCCAAGGUCCACGCCACAAGCAAGUCGGGAUGAUCUUCUGGUUCUCCUUCUCCACUCUUGUAUUUGCACACAGGGAGAAGGUAAUAAGCAAUUUAUCAAGAUUCGUGAUCAUAGUGUGGGUGUUUGUGGUGUUGGUUCUGACCUCUAGCUACACGGCUAGCUUAACGUCUAUGUUAACAGUACAACAGUUGCAGCCUACUGUCACUGAUGUUAAAGAUCUGAUCAAGAACGGAGAGUAUGUUGGAUGCCGGGAUGGUUCCUUUGUUGCUGGAAUGUUAAGGAACAAGUUUGGCAACAUAAAACUUAGGAAUUAUACCACAUUAGAAGAGUUUGAUGAAGCACUUACAAAAGGAAGUGGAAAUGGUGGGGUUGCUGCCAUUGUGGAUGAACUACCCUAUCUUAGGCUAUUCCUGGGAAAGUAUUGUGGGAAGUACACUAUAGUUGGCCCAACCUACAAGACUGCUGGCUUUGGGUUUGCAUUUCCCAGGGGAUCUCCUCUGGUGCCUGAUGUCUCGAGAGCAAUAUUACGCGUGACAGAGAGUGAGGCUAUGAUAAGAAUACUGGAAAAAUGGUUUGGGGUUGAAACAUAUCCACUUGAGAAAGUAGGCACUUCUGCUCUGAAAUUCAACACAAGAAUUAAUAGGGAGGAUUCAACAGAUUUGGAUGCAACUGGGACAUCAGAAUUUGGGCCUUUACUACUUGAAUCAAUACAAAACAUCAAACACAGAGGACUAAGUGGUGAUUUUCACCUAGUUGAUGGAGAACUGCAACCAUCUGCAUUUCAGAUUGUGAAUGUGAUAGGAAGAGAGAAAGGGAUUGGAUUCUGGACAGAAAAGUAUGGGAUUUCAAAGAAUCCAAACCCAGAUGAUACAACUGUGUACUCUGCUAACAAAGGUGACCUUGGGGAAAUCAUGUGGCCAGGUUACUCUUCUGCUAUUCCUAUAGGCUGGGAGAUUCCCACGGGUGAAAAGAAAAUAAGGGUCGGAAUUCCUUUCAAAGUAGGGUUUGAGCAAUUCGUAAAAGUCACAAUUGAUAACCAGACAAACACUGUGAAGGAGGUAACUGGUUUUUGUAUAGAGGUCUUUGAGAAAGUAAUGCGGUCUAAGUCUAUGCCCUAUUCUAUACCAUUUGAAUAUAUACCUUGCAAAGUCUCUUCAGGGGGAAACAUUUCAAACUAUAAUGACUUGGUUGAUGAGGUCUUUAAAGGGAAAAUUGAUGCAGUAGUUGGUGAUGUUACCAUUCUAUCAAACCGGUCCGAGCGUGUGGAUUUCACAUUACCAUUUACAGAGUCUGGGGUCACCCUAGUUGUCCCAGUCAAGCAAGAUGGUUGUUCAUGGGUUUUCUUGAAACCUCUGGAAAAAAAACUCUGGAUGAUGAUUGCAGUGUUCUUUGUCUUGAUCGGCAUUGUGGUUUGGGUCUUUGAACACCCUGUAAACCCAGACUUCAAAGGUUCAACCCCAAAGCAACUUGGGAUGAUCUUUUGGAUCCCCCUCUCAAGUCUUAUUUUUCCAGACAAGAAGAGGGUAAGCAGCAAACUUUCAAGAUUUGUGAUGAUAGUAUGGAUGUUGAUGGUGCUGAUUCUGAUAGCUAGCUACACAGCUAGUUUUGCAUCCUUGUUGACAGUGCAACAGUUGCAGCCUACUGUGACUGAUGUUAAAGAUCUGAUCAAGAAUGGAAAGUAUAUUGGAUGCCAGAAUAGUUCCUUUGUUGCUGGCAAGUUAAAGAACGUGUUUGGAAGCAACAAAAUUAGGUAUUACGCCACACCAGAACAGUAUGAUGAAGCACUUAGUAAAGGAAGUGAAAAUGGUGGGGUUGAUGCUGUUAUGGAUGAGCUGCCCUAUCUUAGGCUCUUGCUUCGAAAGUACCGUCGGAAGUACACCACUGUUGGCCCGACCUACCAUACCGCAGGUUUUGGAUUUGCAUUUGCGAGGGGAUCUCCUUUGGUUCCUGAUGUCUCAAGAGCAAUAUUAAGUGUGACAGAGAGUGAUGCUAUGAUGCAAAUAACGGAUAAAUGGUUUGGGAAUGAAGCAGAUUGUACAAAGAAAGAUGGAACCUUGGUUGCUUCUGAUAGCCUGGGCCUGGACAGUUUUACAGGUCUUUUCAUCAUUGCUGGUGUAUCUGCAUCAUCAGCUCUUCUCAUAUUCUUCUGCUCCUUCAUAAAUCAGAACAAGGGUAUAUUAAAAUCUGACAUUUCAAUCUUGCAAAAGCUUUCUGCAUUAGCGAAAGCUUUCCAUGAAGAAAAGGACUCGUCUAGGGAGUACCAAAAGCCGAAUGAAGGCAAUGAACAUUUUGUUUCCUCCCCGGAGGCAAUAUCUGAACUUUAUCCACGAAGUCCUGAAACCAGCAUUACAAAUUCUCCAGGGCAAGGCGUUUUCAUUCAGGAUGAGGGAUUUGCUCUGACAGAACUGGGAAGUCCAGUUCAGGACAGCAUCUCCACAACUAAAGCGGUAGCUGCAGAAAGAUGAUGCUCGAAGCUGUACUUUUGAAGAAAAUUCUUUUAUGGUUAGAUGAAGAAAGAGACAAGGGAGAGGUUAACAAGGAAUAUCUGUCACUGUCAGUGAUCAUUGCUCUAGAGAACAAGAAAGAAUCUCAAUGCUGUAGUCGGUGAUAUUACCAUUUUAUCAAACCAGUCAGAGCACGUGGAUUUCACAUUACCAUUUA